CACUAUUUGAAACACCUCUCCAGCCAUGGAAGAUGGAAAAGGGUUAGUUUUGUUGCUGACAUUGUGUGUCUCUGUGUUUUCGCUUUGCUGCUGCCAAUCAAGCACGAACCCGCCGGUAUCGACCCAAACAGACAUUUUACCACCUGGUGAAAAUUGCUCCAAUUGCCAUGGGAACUGUCUUAACAACACUGAUAUCUGCAAUGGCACGUGCAUAAGCGGUUUUUAUGGUGACGGAUGCGAAUUUAAUUGCACAUCAAAUUGUCGCUACGGUUGCAACAGGACGACGGGUUCCUGUAAUUAUUGUGCGAAAAAUUAUCACGGAAACUUUUGCAACGACAGUUGUCCGGAUAACUGUUAUGUGGGGUGCCGACAAUCUGGACUGUGUUUUAGUUGUUCGUCCUUUUGGUUUGGAGAGAAGUGUGGCAAAGUAUGUCCGGAAAAUUGCCACUAUGGAUGUGACGCAGUAACGGGAGAAUGUAAAUAUGGCUGUAAACCCGGCUACUGGGGAAAAGAGAGCUGUAACCACACAUGUCCUGAAAACUGUUACGAUUCCCUUGGCGGCGCGAGCUGUUUUCAGCCCACAGGCAGGUGCACUUCGUGCAAUCCUGGAUAUACAGGCUACAAUUGUACCGACCGCUGUAAAGACACUAACUGCAGUAAAUGCAUAAAUGAUGAAGGAAUACAGCGUUGUUAUGAGUGUAAGUCAGGAUCUACAGGGACUCAUUGCAGUGGGUCGUGUCCAGCUCAUUGUCAGGGAGACACGUGCGACCAACUCACUGGGACAUGCACAUGCGCAAACGGAUGGUACGGAGACGAUUGCUCCAUGCAAUGUUAUGGCAACUGUUCCCUCUGCGUUGAUAACAGCACAUGUAUCACAUGUAUGGAUGGUUAUUAUGGCGGCAGAUGCGAAAUGCGGUGUCCUAGUGAUUGUGAAAAAUGUUCGCGUGAUGGAAAGAAUUGUAUCGGAAUGUGUAUCGGCUGGUCUGACAAUUAUGGAUCCCUUUGCAAAUGUCGCCGGUCCGAGUGCUUGAAAAGAGACCCUGGUACACACAAUUGUUUGAAAUGUAAGAACGACUCCUGGUUUACACAGGAUGCCGGAUGCUGUCCUUGUAGUGACCACUGUAACGGAAGUUGUGAUAGCAACAACGGCACGUGCAUAAACGGUUGUCUGGACGACUACCAUGGACCGACAUGUGAUACGCUAUGUAGCUCACACUGCAAUGGUUCAUGUGAUCCCAUGAGUGGAGAAUGUGAACACGGUUGUCUGAACGAUUGGGUCGGCCCAACCUGUGACAUACAAUGCAGUGUGAACUUUCCACACUGUGAUAACUGCGUGUGGUUUACAGCACCAGGCCACGAAGUCAUAGCGUACUGCAACGGGUGUACUGCAGGAUACCACUCUGGCGUGGAUGUCGGCUGUGUACCAUGUGACCAUUGCUUGAACCGGAACUGUACCGCUUCAGGUCAAUGUUUAGAGGCUUGUGUUGAGGGUUACCAUUAUUCUAUCUCACACUAUUGUGAUGAGAAGUGUAAUGAAAAUUGUAUAGACCGGAAGUGUGACAAUACAGCCGGAAACUGCACAAAAGGAUGCGUACCAGGAUAUUAUACCGAACGGUGUUCACUGGACUGUUCCUCGUAUUGUAGUGAGGAUGGCUGUGACCGGGGUACCGGUGUAUGUCACGGGUGCAGGGACGGAAUGUACGGUCAAUACUGUUUCUUCACCUGUUCUGAGCACUGUGUAGACCAUUCCUGCGCCAGAGAAUCGGGAUCUUGUUCAGAAUGUAAACUUGGUUACUAUGGAAACAACUGUGUGGCCAGGUGUGAUGGGUGUUUGGAUGUUACUUGUACUCAGACGAAAGGCUGUGAGAAAGGAUGCAUGCCAGGACAACAUGGGAGAUACUGCGAUAAAAAAUGCCCUGAAAAUUGUUAUGUGUGCGACCAAAAUUCCGGGGCAUGCCUUAUGUGUAACACCGGUUUCAGCGGUAUCGGAUACAGAGGCGCCAAUUGUAGUAUUCCAUGUCCAGAUUGUGUCAAUAAAUACGAAAAUAACACAGGUUCGCCAUUUCACGGAUCAUGUUUCCAUGGAAAAUAUGGAUUACUUUGUAUGGAAGAUUGUGGCAAUUGUUUCACAUCCAACGGUGUCAGGGAAUGUGAAAAGUUUACCGGAUAUUGUUCGAACGGAUGUUCUUCAGGUUAUUAUGGAAUGACAUGCAAAGACGAAUGUCUAAAUUGUCAACCAGAUAUCAACAAUAUGACGGUAUGUGAUGUCACUUCCGGUGCAUGUCAAGAUGGCUGCCUUGCCGGUAGCUUUGGUAUUAUGUGUAAUGAGACGUGUGGGAAUAACUGUCUGAACAAUCUAUGUAAGAGGUCCAACGGCACGUGCAGCAACGGGUGCUCUUCUGGUUGGCAAGGAGACCAGUGCAAUAUAGCGAAACGGACUCAAAACAAGGAUUCUUCACUUAGUGGGGGAGCGAUAGCCGGAAUUAUCCUUGGCGUGGUGUUUGGAGUCGCCCUGGUAGCUGGUAUUGCAUACUUUCUAAUCCGAAGACGGAAUAGAGACUUCAGCACAAGAACCAGAAUUCCUCACCGCGAAUUUGCCUUAAACGAUAGAUAAUGUCCCUUGGAGAGUGCAAUAUUGAUUGGGAAGAUAAAGGAUGAACGAUCGAUGUUUAGCAGGAAACCGCAGUGGAGGUUAAUUCGAAGAUGACGGACACACCGCAGAAUGACUUCAAAAAAGGUCUAAACCGAACCCUUACGGGACCGUUAUACUAGCUGGUCGGAAUAGACAGGGUGUCUUAACAGACGUAGUUGUUGUUCCAUGAAAGAAUAUGAAAUGUGUCUGAUGUAAGGGACGAAUAUCUAAUUUAUAUCAUUGUGAUCAAGAACAAGUUUUGUUUUCUUUUAAGAAAAAGAAGCAUGUCAUAUAAUAAAUUAUGUAUGUUACUGUACCACACGUACCAUGUUCCUUACACCCACUUGGGAUUGAGUGUAAGGGAGGACAACUCUGUGUAGAGAUUGAUCAUGUCCAAGAUAGCUGUCUGGUUUUGCUGCAUAUACCAUAACUUAAUUGACUGCAAAUUAAUAUGCAUAAAUCCACAAA